AUUACGGUAAACCGCUGACUUUUUUUGUGGUUCUAACCUUCAUACUCUUACAAAAACAAAGCUAUUUAUAGAAAAUAAGAGGCAAACCUAAUCCUUAUCUAAACACCGCAGAAAGUUUUGACGGUUACACAUAAUUAGCCCCAAAUUACUCACCCACGAUCCGAACUUCACUCACCCCCAAAAUCUCCACUACCAUCCAACUCCCGCAACUGGUUCGUCCCCCAUAUUCACCCUUUUGCUUCUAACAUCUCUCAAUCCCUUCCCCCAAUAACCAAAAAAAAAAAAAAAAACAACCAAUUAACAAACAACGUCACAAAAACCAAAAUGUACAAAGUCGCCAAAGCAUCGGAGUACCUGGCCAUCACCGGCAUCGGCAUCACCGACAUCAAGCUCGCCAAGAAAUCGUUGAUCCUCCCCGGCCAAUCAUGCACCCGGUUCGACAUGUCGCCGGUCAACUACACGUUCGAGGUGCAGGCCAUGUCGGCAGAGAAGCUCCCCUUCGUCCUCCCGGCCGUCUUCACCAUCGGGCCCCGAAUCGACGACACCGAGAGCCUCCUGCUCUACGCGAAGCUCCUCUGCUCGCACGACAAGUACUCCAGCCACGUCAACGAGCUGGUGAAGGGGAUCAUCGAGGGCGAGACACGUGUCCUCGCCGCGUCGAUGACGAUGGAGGAGAUCUUCAGGGGGACCAAGGAGUUCAAGAAGGAGGUGUUUGAGAAGGUCCAGCUCGAGCUCAACCAGUUCGGGCUUAUCAUCUACAACGCCAACGUCAAGCAGUUGGUCGACGUCCCAGGUCACGAGUACUUCUCGUACCUGGGUCAGAAGACGCAGAUGGAGGCGGCGAACCAGGCGAAGAUCGACGUGGCGGAGGCGAGGAUGAAGGGCGAGAUCGGCGCCAAGGAGAGGGACGGCCAGACGAAGCAGAACGCCGCCAAGAUCGACGCCCAGACCAAGAUCGUGUCCACGCAGAGGGCGGGCGACGGCCAGAAGGAGGAGAUCGACGUCAGGACCAAGGUGAAGAUCUUCGAGAACAAGAGGGAGGCCGAGGUCGCCGAGGCCGACGCCGAGCUGGCCAAGAAGAAGGCCGGCUGGAGCCGGGAGUCCAAGGUGGCGCAGGUGGAAGCCAACAAGGCGGUGGCGCUUAGGGACGCGGAGCUGCAGAAGGAAGUGGAGGUCAUGAACGCACUUUCCCGAACCGAGAAGCUCAAGGCCGAGCACCUCACCAAGGCCAGCGUCGAGUAUGAAACCAAGGUGCAAGAGGCGAACUGGGAGCUAUACACAAAGCAAAAAGCCGCGGAGGCGGUGCUGUACCAGAAGGAGAAGGAAGCAGAGGCGCAGAUGGCGGCGUCGAAGGCGGCGUUCUUCGCGCGGCAGCAGGCGGCGGAGGCGGAGCUCUACUCCAAGCUGAAGGAAGCAGAGGGACUCGUGGCCCUGGCCAAAGCACAGGGCGCGUACCUGAGAACCCUCCUGGACGCGCUGGGAGGCAACUACGCGGCGCUGAGGGAUUACCUGAUGAUCGAUGGCGGCAUGUUUCAGGCGAUGGCUAGGAUCAAUGCCGAGGCGGUUCGCGGGAUGCAGCCCAAGCUCAGCAUUUGGACCACCGACGACGGCAUGGGAGGCGGCGGCGGCGGUGGUGGUGAUGGCGUGAGCGAGAAUGGCGGCGGCGGCGGGAGUGGCGGUGGGAUGAAGGAGAUUGCUGGUGUUUAUAAGAUGCUGCCGCCGUUGCUUCAGACCGUUGAGGAUCAGACUGGGAUGCGGCCGCCGGCGUGGCUGGCAACGUUGCCGUCUGGGAAGUAGUUAUUGCGGACUAUAUAAUCGUGAUCUGUCUAAAUUAAAGCGGCGGUCUUGUUUAUGAUUAUUUUUAAUUUCUUUUUGGUAAUUACUGGUACAGUGUGGUUAAUUAGCUAAUAAUUAUAUGGUGUGGAGGUUGCCUGUACAAGUGUAAAGUUUUUUUGUUAAUGAAGUUAUAAUGAAAUCAAUAACUAAAUUUGAAUAUCAUUUACAGUCACUAUCUCUCAAAGAUGUUAGGAUUAAAAUGAGGAUUUUGAC